AUGCAUAUUUGGGAAUCUGGUCAACCGGCCGUUGAAGCUUUUACUCGAGGAGGUGCUCUUGGCCCAGUGAAUAUCGCUUAUUUUGGUGUUUAUCAGUGGUGGUAUACAAUCAGUUUACGUACUAAUGGGGAUCUUUAUACUGGAGCUCUUUUUCUAUUAUUUCUUUCUGCCAUAUCUUUAAUAGCGGGUUGGUUACACCUACAACCGAAAUGGAAACCGAGCGUUUCAUGGUUUAAAAAUGCCGAAUCUCGUCUCAUGUCAGGACUAUUCGGAGUAAGUUCCUUGGCUUGGACAGGACAUUUAGUCCAUGUCGCUAUUCCUGCAUCCAGGGGAGAAUAA